AUGGUUCAAACCAAAGAAACAUCAGGAAAACCACAGGAAUAUGUCUUAAUAUCUAUAGACGAGAAAAAUGAUGUAUAUAAAGCUAUUGGAAUUUACAAAGAACAAGAACAAGCGUAUGCAGCUGCUCUUGUCAGUCAAAUGCAAUUUAUAGAGAUUUCAUCAGAAUCCUGGCCAAAAGUAAUGUUAGAACAGCAGCAAGAAAACAUUGUUGGAUUGUGCAACAGAAUAAAAGAAUUAAGCACAUAUAAAGAGAGGUUUGAGCAAAUGACAGCUCAAUGCGAACAAAUAUUGAAGGGCACAUUGCAUACUCGCUUUCAUGUCCUUGCCAAAGAUACCAGUAAAAAAGAACAAGUGAUCAGCGAAUCAAUAUUCAAGACAAAAUUACGAAAUUUUCUGGAUGUACUUCAAACUAAGUCAGACGUGGAAGAAGAUUUAGGCAAUAGUGAUGACGAGGAUGAUGAAGAAGAGGAAGAAGAAGAAGAGGAGGAGGAGGAAGAUCUUGAAGAGGAAGAAGAAGACCUAGAAGAAGAAGAAGAUUUAGAAGAAGAGUCUGAAGAAGAGCAGCCAAGUACGACAAAUGUUGUUCCUGAAACAACAGAAGAUGAACUUGAAGAAGAAGAAGAAGGAGGAGGAGGAGGAAGUGCGCUAAAAAGAGAUGCUUCUGCGUUAGAUGAAGACGAAGAAGAGGAUGAAAUAGAGGAAGACGAUGAUGAACUAGAAGAAGAUGAUGAAGUACUCAAAAAAAGACGUACUAUGGCAUAG